CUAGAUCUUGCUCCUCUGAGUCCAAACCCCAGCGCCGCCAAGGUGCCRGCUUACCACUCUUCCCUCAUGGACCCUGACACCAAACUCAUUGGAAACAUGGCCCUGUGGUCUAUCAGAAGUCAGUUCAAAGGGCCUGCCCCUAGAGAGACAAAAGAUACAGAUGUUGUGGAUGAAGCCAUCUAUUACUUCAAGGCCAAUGUCUUCUUCAAGAACUAUGAAAUUAAGAAUGAAGCUGAUAGGACCUUGAUAUAUAUCACCCUCUACAUUUCUGAGUGUCUAAAGAAACUCCAAAAGUGCAAUUCCAAAAGCCAAGGUGAGAAAGAAAUGUAUACCCUGGGAAUCACUAAUUUUCCCAUUCCUGGAGAGCCUGGUUUUCUACUUAAUGCAAUUUAUGCCAAACCUGCGAACAAACAGGAAGACCAAGUCAUGCGAGCCUACCUACAGCAGCUAAGGCAAGAGACUGGACUGAGACUUUGUGAGGAAGUUUUUGACCCUCAGAAUGAUAAACCCAGCAAGUGGUGGACUUGCUUUGUGAAGAGACAGUUCAUAAACAAGAGUCUUUCAGGACCUGGGCAAUGAAGGGCGCCUGGGCAGCCAGUCUCCAGCA